CUAGGCCCAGCACCAGCAAGGCCCAGUCAGCGCGGCCUGCCUUCCAGAAGCGGACGGCUACCCAGGCAUCCGCGCCCAGGUCCGCUAGGAAGGCCGCGCCGCCCGCCAGGGACCAGAGAAGAUCCAGAGAGCGAUUCAUGGAGCAAGUAAGGGAUGCGGGUCAGGAAUAGGUCUCCACAAUCGCCUACACAUCCACCACCAAGACACUGCACUUGGAGGGCCAUCAUGCCUAAGAAACCAUCCACACAUUUCCCAAUCCAGAUCCAAACUUUCUAAAGUCGUCUGCUCAUGAACUGACUCCUAACACAACAGGAUUUUCUAGAUUGAAACCAUGGGUGGAGAUGCCAAGCAUGGGCACGCUCUCAGUUUAUGCAUGGCCCUGAAAAAGAAAGUUUGGAUGCAUUUACCCUCCUCUCCUUCCGAAGGAGCUUAAAAACCUGGCUCUUCCAAAAGGCCUUUGACACUUAAUUUGUUGUUGGACUGAUCUAUCUGCCCAUUUUAUAAUAGCCCCAUUCUUGAGGUGUUGCCAAUGUUAUUUUGCACUUUAUUGUCCAUUUCAACCGUGAAAUACCUUCCCCAUUCCGGCACAUUAUGUACUGGGUUUUAUGAAUUAGUCUCCUGUUUUAAUAUUAUAUGCUUCAUGUCGAUUUUAUCGAUUGUUUUACUGAUAAUUGAGGUUUUAUUGGUAUAAUUGUUUUAUUGUUGUAUCAUUGAUAUUUGAUUGUUUUAUCAGGCUAGGCCCCAUGUAAGCCGCCCAGAGUCCCUUCGGGGAGAUGGGGCGGGGUAUAAAAAUAAAGUUGUUAUUAAUAUUAUUAUUAUUAUUAUUAUUAUUAUUAUUAUUAUUAUUAUAUGCAGUAGUUUUCAACCUGUUGUCCCCAGAUGUUUUUGGCCUUCAACUCCCAGAAAUCCUAACAGCUAGUAAGCUGGCUUUCUGAGAGUUGUAGGCCAAAAACAUCUGGGGACCCCAGGUUGAGAACCACUGAUUUUAUGUGUCAUGGAACCCAGUUACAGGGCUUUGGUGAUUCAGCCCUGUAACUGGGAGUCAUAACAUAAACAAUCCCAGGAGCACCUGGCAGAAGAAGAUAGAAUAUGCCUGGGAACUUGGGGCCGAAAGUAUAAACAAUUAUAAUUGGUUUAGUGUGUGAAAAUGGUAGUAAUGUGAUAUUGGGGGUGGGACUUGAUGAUGAUAUUUACGUGUGGUGUUACGUAGCAUCAAAAGUUAUAAAAAUAGUUGUAUGUAAACAUUGGGUCAUUCCUGACUUUUCCAAAGUCAUGUGUUCUUCAAUAAAGAUUGGAUUUGAGAGCAGCCAUCUCUGAUCUGCGUUCAGACUGAUCCUUUGAAGUGAGCAGGACAAUUAAGUCAGGAAUCCAGUUCUCACCCUCCUGCAAAUUUGCAGUGAAGUGAUAAUGAGCAGGGAAGGAGAUCAAAGCCAUGACGGAGCAAAGGGGCCUCCGCUGGGAGCUCUGCCGUUGGCAGAAGAGACAUUGCAAGCCAUAGCUUCCUCUACGGGGUACCCCAAGCCGGACGGCGUGACCCAGAGGAUUCCCAGAGGGGGAAGAGGCGUUCCGGCGGCGGAAACCAGUUGGGGAUCUGGAGGAAGCAUGCCGGAGACCGUGGCCCUGCGGUUAUCCAUCCUGGAAACUCAUUUAUCCAGGCUGUCGGAUACCGUGGGGAGAAUAGUGCCAAUAUUGGAAGAGAAUCUCCAAAAAGAGCACAUCCGAUAUGGCGCCGAGAGAGAGCCAAGCAAAGGAGGCGAUUGGAGCCAGAGGGGACAGCGAGCUUCAACGCAGAGUCCCGCGGCGGCAAGGGACGAGGGAGACGAGGAAUAUUGGCAGGAGCUGGAGUUCAGAGACAGAAUGGCACGCGAAGUGGAGCGCCAGCGAGCUCUGGGAACUCUGAGGCCGCCAUCUCCAACAGAGCUCCCAACCCCCCGGAUGGGCGUCGGGGUGGAAAGACCACUGGGGCCAGGGAUCGGGUCCAGUGGAUUAGCAGACGAAGGCGGAGAGGAGCAGGAGAUCCAGGAAGAGGAGGAGGAUGUGCAGUACGACGGGGAAAGGCGAGAUGCGGGGGCUACAGCGAGGCCAGUAUGCGGAUGGGGGGAAGGGCCGACAGCGGCGGCAGGAUUUCGGGAGCCGCGCAGAAUGACCACCGGAGUGGGGCGCGGCGUGAUCCAAGGAAACCCGAUGCAACCCUUCCCCAUGCCUCCCAGACAGCAUCAACGGGCCGCUGAAUGGAUGCCAAGAAGGGAAGAUCUCAAGCUAGAAUACGGAGGGGAAUCAGCCGAACUGAACUUUUUUCUAAUUAGCAUCAGGGGAUACAUGGAAGACAAUGCACACACAUUCCCCUCCGAAGCAAGCAGGGUUCGGGCCAUCGGCAACACACUAAAGAGAGGAGCGGCCAGCUGGUAUGUGCAACUACAUGCCAGACAGGACCCAUGCCUGAGGUCAGUGCCCCGCUUCCUCGCCGCACUGGAAAACCGGUUCAGAGACCGGCUAGAGCAAUUGAGAGCUCGAGACCAGCUUAGAGGAAUAAAGCAGAGGGACAAAACGGUGCCCGAGUACGCAGAGGAAUUCCUCCACCUCGCGGAAAGGGUACCAGAGUGGUCUGAAGUGACCAAAGUGGAAUUAUUUAAAGAGGGACUACGCCCCGAGAUUUUCAGCUGGGCAGCGCACAGAGAUGACCCCGAAACGCUCCAGGGAUGGAUUCAACUAGCGGGGCGCGUUGAAUCCACCCUGGCCCAAGUAAAGCGCUUCAGGAGCAGCGGCGGCCAGCAAAGACCGGUGGCGAGAGGUCGAGGAGAAACGAGGAAGCAGGAAAGACCCGGAGGGAGGCCGGGGAUUCCCUCCAGAGGAGACGACAACAAACCUAAACCGGGAUGCUUUGUAUGUGGGAAGACGGGCCAUCGAGCAGCAGAAUGCUGGGCACGGAAGGGGGAGCCGCCAAAACCCUCAAAGCCCAAGCCAGCAACCGGGAGGCGUGCGGAGGAGGAGGUGCGAGCCCCAGAAUCUUCAGAAAAAUUGGUGAGUCGGGACAAACGCAUGAUAGUAGUGCCAAUCUGCCUCUCGGGGCUAGAGAAUCGGGCCACCUGCAAGGCAUUUGUGGAUUGUGGUUGUUCCAGGAAUAUUAUAACUCCAGAGUUAGCAGAAGCGUUGAAAUGCCAGCAGAUGGCGCUUGACUCCCCAAUUGCGUUUUCGCAGCUAGACGGAUCAGUUGCUACUGGGGAAGUAUCUACAAAGGAAAUACGGGAGGUCCCAUGUAAAAUAGGCAAAUGGGAAGGAAGAAUAUCCUUUGUGAUAGCCCCUAUUGCCACAUACCACGUAAUAUUAGGGAUACCAUGGCUCGAACAGGCAAAUCCCGAAGUAGAUUGGAGAGGAAAGAGCCUAGCAUUUAAAGAACAGCAGACGCAAUGGGAGAUAAGCAAGAUUGCAGAAGAGGAGGACGAGGGAGAUGAAGAAGGUGAAAUAGACCCACUGCUAUUGCCACCUGAAUACAGAGACUUUGUGGAUGUGUUCAAUCAGAAAGAGGCAAGUAAAUUACCUCCCAAAAGGAAUAUAGAAGUAGAAAUUGAAAUAACCCCCGGAGCAAACUUACCAAAACCAAAAGUGUAUCCCAUGUCUGUGCAGGAGAAGGAGGAAUUGAGGAAAUACAUUGAUAAAAACCUGGCGCGGGGCUUCAUUAAGCCAUCCAAUUCUCCUCUCGGGGCCCCAGUGUUAUUCAGGAGAAAGAAAGACAACUCCCUAAGAUUGUGCAUUGAUUAUCGAAAUUUAAAUGCAAUUACUAAGGACAAUAAAUACCCUAUGCCCUUAGUAAAGGAUUUAAUUACCGUAUUGAAAAAAGGGAGCAUAUUUACUAAACUUGAUUUAAUUGAAGCAUAUCAUAAAUUAAGGAUCAAACCGGAGGAUACUUGGAAAACUGCAUUUUCCUGCGCAUUCGGCCAUUUUGAAUAUAAAAUUUUACCUUUCGGAUUAAAAAAUGGAGGCGGGUGCUUUAUGCAGCUUAUAAAUGAAAUACUGCACCCAUUGUUGUACAGAGGGGUAUUCAUAUUUCUUGAUGAUAUCUUGAUUGUGACUGAAGAUAAGGAAAAGCACGUGAAAUUGGUCCGGGAAGUUUUGCAGAGACUAAGAGAAGCAAAGCUGUACGCAAAACUGUCCAAAUGUGAAUUUAAUAAAACUCAAAUUGACUUUCUGGGGUAUCGGAUAUCUCCAGAAGGGUUAGCUAUGGAUCCAGCUAAAGUAUCAGAUGUAAAAGAAUGGGGAGUGCCUCAAACAAGGAGGCAAUUGCAAUCGUUUCUGGGGUUUGCAAAUUUUUAUAGAUCCUUCAUAAAAGGCUUCGCGCAAAUAACCGCACCCCUUACUGAACUUUUAAAAACAAAAGGGAAAGGAGAGACAGCAAAAGUAAAAGCUCCUGGCGCCAAACUAAGUUGGACGCCGGAAUGCCAAAAGGCAUUUGAAACCCUAAAAGAAUGCUUCACAGAAGGACCCAUUCUAAAACACCCCGAUAUCAGGAGCCCUUUCAUAAUCCAUUGCGAUGCCUCAGACUGUGCGUAUGGGGCAGUACUAUUGCAAAAGGAUCAAAAUGGGAACUUAAAACCCUGUGGAUAUUUGUCCCGGAAGUUCAGCGAAACUGAAAAAUGUUGGCCGAUAUGGGAAAAAGAGGCACUAGCCAUAUUAAAAGCCUUAGAAUGCUGGCGACACUUUCUCGAAGGAAGCGGAAUCCCAUUUGAAAUUUGGUCUGACCAUAAGAACCUCCAGUAUUUAAAGUCCCCUCGAAAAUUGUCCCCCAAACAGAUUAGAUGGGCACAAUACUUCAGCAGGUUCGAUUUCCAAUUAAAGUUUUUUCAAGGGAAGCAGAAUGUCUUGGCAGAUGCUCUUUCACGCAUGCCUCAACACGAAGGAAUACCCACAGCAAAAGAGGGAACAAUAUUCUCUGACAAACAAUGGGGCUUAGCUGUCAGAACAAGAGCACAAACCCAAAAGGAGAACACUGCUAUGGUUGAACUCGACGGAAAAGAUAAUUGGGGAAACGAGCUGAAACAGUCUUAUGAAGGAGACCAGUGGAUCGCAUCCAAUGCAGAACAGGGGGAGCAGAAGGGGGGAUUUUGGUUUGUGAACAAGAAACUGUAUAUCCCAGCAACAUUAAGGAUCAAGAUUUUGCAUCGUUUUCACAACAACCAGAGCGCUGGUCAUACAGGAAUUACAAAAACAACAAAAGCAAUAGCAAAACAUUGCUGGUGGCCAGGGAUGAGGAAGGACAUAAAAAAUUAUGUUGUUCAAUGUGAUGAUUGUGCCAGAAAUAAAUCGAGAGGAGGGAAGCCAAUGGGAUUAUUACAAACAGUAGCAGAACCUACCAGACCUUGGGAAUGUGUAGCUAUGGACUUUGUGGGGGAACUACCGGUUAGCAAAGGACAUCGUUAUAUUUGGACAGUAUUGGACCUGUUUUCUAAACAGGCCCACUUUAUAGCACUGACGAAACUACCAUCAGCCGAGAAACUAGCUGAAUUGUACAUAAACCACAUUUACAAACUGCAUGGAUGUCCCAGUAGAGUGGUCAGUGACAGAGGAGUACAAUUCACAGCAAAAUUUUGGGAAAAAUUCCUGGAAAUGCUAGGAGCAGAAAGGAGUUUAAGUUCUGCUUUUCACCCCAUGACAAAUGGAGCGGUAGAACGUACUCAGCAGACACUUGGGCAGUUCCUUCGAAUGUACUCUAACAUGAGACAAAAUGACUGGUCUCGGUGGUUGGCUUUUGCAGAACUAGCUUUUAAUUCGACUAUACAUUCAGCAACAAAUAAAACCCCCUUUGAAGUAGUUUACGGGUAUGAAAUACAGCCUCUGCCCCAGCUGCCAAGAUGGACAGAGAAUGAGGGAACAGAGGCAGGGAAAUGGAAAGCGCAAAUGAUGGAAUGCUGGAGUCAAGUGACUGCAUCCUUAAAAGAAGCACAUAAAAAGUAUAAAGUAUUCGCAGACAGAAAGAGGGUGGAAGGUGAUAAAUUGGAGAAAGGAGAUUUAGUGUGGCUAAGUACCCAAAACAUCAAACUGGGGCUACCUUCGAAAAAAUUGGGCCCUAAAUAUAUUGGACCAUUUAGAAUACAGGGUGUUAUCAACGAGGUGACUUUCCAGUUGGCAUUGCCAAAAAGUUUAGGGAAAAUACACCCUGUAUUCCAUCGUAGCUUACUGAAAAAAUAUAUGGGUACUCUGGACAAAAUGGACACAUAGAAUUAUUGUUUUGUUUCAGGCUUGUGAUGAAAGAAGAACCGAAGAGGAGGACGAAGAAAAGGAGGGCACCAUGUCAUGGAACCCAGUUACAGGGCUUUGGUGAUUCAGCCCUGUAACUGGGAGUCAUAACAUAAACAAUCCCAGGAGCACCUGGCAGAAGAAGAUAGAAUAUGCCUGGGAACUUGGGGCCGAAAGUAUAAACAAUUAUAAUUGGUUUAGUGUGUGAAAAUGGUAGUAAUGUGAUAUUGGGGGUGGGACUUGAUGAUGAUAUUUACGUGUGGUGUUACGUAGCAUCAAAAGUUAUAAAAAUAGUUGUAUGUAAACAUUGGGUCAUUCCUGACUUUUCCAAAGUCAUGUGUUCUUCAAUAAAGAUUGGAUUUGAGAGCAGCCAUC